ACCGCCAUAUACGCCAUCCUGUCGCACACAUGGGACAGCAAGGGCGAGCAGACCUAUCAGGACCUCCGAACGUCGAUCUGGGAGGAUCCCCGCCUGUCAUCCAAAGUUCGUCGCGCAUGCGAGCGCGCACGCAAAGACGGCUUCCGAUACAUUUGGAUCGACUCCUGCUGUAUCGACAAGAGGAACAGCGCAGAGCUGUCCGAGGCCAUCAACUCCAUGUACGCCUGGUACCGCCUCGCCAAGCUCUGCUACGCCUUCCUCGCAGACGUCCCCCCAAGUCCGCAGUCACCCGAAGACGUAUCUCAGAGCAGAUGGUUCACGCGCGGGUGGACGCUCCAGGAGCUCAUCGCACCUUCUGAGGUCGUGUUUCUGUCGAUGGACUGGGCGUCCUUCGGUACCAAGCACAGCAUGGCCCGCGUUUUGGAGGGCAUCACCGGCAUAGAUGAGGCAGUCCUGAAACAUGAGCAGUCGCUGGACGAGAUUAGCGUGGCCAGGCGGAUGUCGUGGGCGUCCAGACGGGAGACAACCAGAGUGGAGGACGAGGCCUAUUCGCUCCUAGGUAUCUUCGACAUCAGCAUGCCCCCCAUCUAUGGUGAAGGCCGACGCGCAUUUCGGAGGCUGCAGGAGGAGAUCCUGAAGCGCAUACCGGAUCAGAGCCUCUUCGCU